UCCAAAGUAGUGGAAUUCAUCUCUUACCAGAAUGACACCAUUGCUUCUGUCUUCUCCUGUGUCUCGGUCUUCGGAUGUCUUGUGACCGGCUUCAUAUUUGGAAUAUUCAUUUCCCAUCGAGACACUCCUAUUGUUAAAGCCAAUAACCGGAACCUGAGUUAUCUCCUCCUGGUCUCCAUCAUCCUCAGCUUCCUCUCUGUCUUCUUGUUUCUGGGUCGUCCCAAUGAUGUGACUUGUAGAUUACGUGAAACCAGUUUUGGAAUCUUCUUCUCAGUAGCCGUCUCUUCACUUCUCGCCAAGACUGUGAUGGUUUGUGUUGCUUUUAAGUCCACCAAGCCUGGAAGCCCUUGGAGAAAAUGGCUCAGUGUGAAACUACCAUAUACCAUAGUGUCAUUGUGUUCAUCCUUUCAAGCUGUAAUCUGUGUUAUCUGGUUGUCUAUUUCUCCUCCAUUUCAGGACCUGGACACUGACUCUUAUCCUGGGAAGAUCAUCAUUCAGUGUAACGAAGGCUCAGAUAUCUGGUUCUACUCCAUGUUGGGUUAUCUGGGGUUCCUGGCAGGUGUGAGCCUUGUUCUGGCUUUCAUGGUGAGGACAUUACCGGACAGUUUUAAUGAGGCCAAGUACAUCACCUUCAGCAUGCUGGUGUUCUGCAGCGUCUGGAUCUCCAUGAUCCCGGCUUAUCUGAGCACCAGGGGAAAGAACAUGGUGGCUGUGGAGAUAUUUGCAGUAAUGGCUUCCAGUGCUGGACUUUUAGGUUGUGUGUUUUUCCCAAAAUGUUUUAUUAUUUUGUUUAAAUCUGAAAUGAACAGAAAAGCUGACCUGCUGGGGAAAAGAAAGAACUGACGGCAAAAUGGUAACCCCGAUAAUAGUGAUUAACUCUGAAAUAACAACUUGUAGAUAUCAUCUUAUACUAGAAAGAAAUGAUAAAAUAUAAUUAGAUUCCAAUCGUUACAUUAUCUCAGCAGAGCAUUUAUUAGGAGGAGAAGGAGAGGCUCUCCCCAAGUCUACCUGCUGAUAUGUAGGAUCUAUACACAGGCAUUACUGCUCCUUGCUAUAGCUAAUGAAUUCAUACAUCUGACAUGGUGUCAAAGAUAUCGGACCAAAAAUAUCAGUCCCUUUAGGUUACGGGGGCUUUGUAAUUGUCUUUCUUUG